UUUACUUUCUUCAGUUUGGUUGACAAUCUUCGCGAAUGCUUUCCUCUUCCGAAACUGUUGUUGGUUAAGAUGAUCGCAUUGCUACGAAUCAUUAGAGAUUUUUAUUCCAGGUCUAUAUAGUCCAGGAAGUUAACUCAACUCAAGUACUCAGCCCUUUCAUUAUGCUGGGAAAGUGCUGAACGCUUUAUCAAGUACUAUGGAUCAUAAAUCAUGGCUUUGGAAGAGAAGAUCUACUGAGAAGACCAUAAUUUCUGAUGACAAGACAAACCUUUCUUUGAGCAGAGGUGAAGAGGAGACACUUUUGAGUGACAAAGCACAACUUGAACUAGAUCUGAAAAUUUUGAAUCACAAGCUUUCUUCUGCCAUCUCUGAGUGCAACAACAAAGAUGAUUUUGCAAAGCAACAGGCAAAAAUUGCUCAGGAGGCCAUUGCAGGCUGGGAGAAGACAGAGACAGAAGCAUUAUCUUUGAAGCAAGAACUUGAGAAAGCUUUACAGCAAAGAUCAGUUUCUGAAGAAAGGUUACUUCAUCUGGAUGCAGCUCUGAAGGAAUGUAUGCUGCAGUUACGUUUUGUUCGAGAAGAGCAGGAGAAAAGAAUUCAUGAUGCUGUUAUGAAAACAUCAAAAGAAUUCGAAAGUACAAGAUUUGUACUGGAUCAAAAGUUAGUGGAGGCCAAUAAAAGACUUGCCAAAGUGGAUGGUGAAAAUGGUCAGCUCAGCAAGGCACUCUUGGCUAAGGAAAAAGUGAUUGAAGAAUUACAUAAACAUACAACACAGAUGGAGGUAGACUUUAGUUCCCUCGUGACCAGACUAGAAUCCACAGAAAAAGAAAAUGUUUCUCUGAAAUAUGAGGUUCGUGUGCUUGAGAAGGAACUUGAGAUUCGAAAUGAGGAGAGAGAAUUUAAUCGCCGAACUGCUGAGGUUGCACACAAGCAACAUCUUGAAAGUGUGAAGAAAAUUGCAAAGUUGGAAUCAGAAUGCCAAAGCCUACGCAUCCUUGUCCGUAAGAGGUUGCCAGGCCCUGCUGCCUUGGCAAAAAUGAAGAAUGAAGUGGAAAUGUUGGGCAGGAAUCAAGCUGAAACAAGGAGAAGAAAGUCCAACCCUUCUCCAGUCAGUCCAAUGGAUAUUUCGGCAGAUAUGGCUUCUGAUACCCUCAGGCAAAGGAUCAGUUUCUUGACUGAGCAAUUGUGUUUUAUGGAAGAAGAAAAUAGGACUCUGAAAGAAGCCCUUAACAAAAGAUUGAGUGAACUUGAAUCACCGGAACAGCUUGAAGGACACGAGACAGCAGAACCAGAGAAGAACAAGCGUUACCUACACACUUUCUCUGUGGCGUCCAUGUCUGAUAUGGGCAGUGAUGACAAAACCAGCUGUACUGAAUCUUCGGCUUCUGCUUUCAUAUUGGAGCUGGAGCAAUUAAGAAGUGGAAAACAAAUGGGCACACCAUCCAGCAGAACAGUUGGAGCUUCUGACAUGAGUUUGAUGGAUGAUUUUGUUGAGAUGGAAAAGUUAGCUGUUGUAUCAGCAGAUGAUCCACCUGGAGCUAGUAAUCGUCUAGCGGAAAAUGAUGCAACCCAGAGUCCCUUGAGAACUCAGCCUAAUGGUGCAAUGAUUCCAGUAUGUCAUCUGUCUAACCUAUCAGUGCCCAGCCACCAAAUCCUGUCUCAAAAUGUAUCACCGAAUAAAGCUCAUAUUUUGUUCGAAAGCAUAAUACAAAUUGUUUUGGAGCAAAGCCAAGUGUUGAAGAGAAAACCAAAUGAAAUACUUGAUGAGAUCAAAGCUGGUUUGCCACAAUUCUGUCAUCCAAAUUUUCAGCUCACUGACAAAAAGGAAAGCUCAAAUCAAGAUGAUGCUUUAUGUGUCACAAAAGACAUGUCUGAGAGAUCUAGUAAUGUUCUAGAGGAAGAUUCUUCUGACAAAGGAACUUGCAAUACUACAGCAACAAAGAGCAGCCAGAAAGUGCAGCUUAAUUUAAACAAAUCGUUACAUAAGAUCAUUGAACUCAUUGAAGGGAUCAGUAUUCCACCCCUGGAUAAUGGUAACACAGAGGUGUUGUCAAGAAACUAUGACAAUUUAUUACAUUUUAAGGAUACAGAGACUCCUACAGGCUAUAUUGGUCGUGUGUUCCAGUGGAAAGCUUCUGAACUCUCAACCACUUUAAAGCAGUUUGUUCAGACUUGCAGUGAUUUGUUAAAUGGAAAGUCUGGUCUUGAAACAUUUGCGGAACAAUUAGCAUGUACUUUGGAAUGGAUCAUGAACCAUUGCUUUUCUCUUCAAGAUGUUUCAAGCAUGAAGGAUGCAAUCAGAAGUUAUUUUGAUUGGGAUGAAUCAAGAAGCGAAAGUGAAGCUGAUAGUGGAGCAACUAAUCAUGUCUCAGAGUCCAACAAAUUGAACAUCCAAAAUGGAGAGAAGUGCACCUUGCCCCUUGUUUCUGCUUCAAACGAUGAGCACAGUCAUUUUCAAGUUGAAGAAGUUCUGCCUAAUUUUAGAAAAGAAUUUAGAAGGUUGAAAGAUGAAUUGCCGAAUAAAGAAUCAGCAGAGAAUGAUUUCGAAGGGAGACUCCAAUUAGAGGCUAUUAAGAAUGAAUCCCUGAUUAAUCAACUUCAGGAAUCAAAUAAAACAAGCAAGACUUUGCAGGUGGAGGUAGAAUCUCCUAAGCCCAUGAAGGAAAAAACAAGUCAUCAAAACCAAAAGCAUAAGCAGGUAAAGGAAGCGCUUGAGAGACAGCUCAUGGAGACCAAAAAUGAAUUGAAGGAAGCUUGCGAAAACCUCAUGUAUACAGAGAAGGAGCUGCCAAACCAAAAAAGUUCUUGUCAAAAAUUGAAUGGGACAUAUGACGAUCAAGAGCUUCCCAUGGAAAGCAUGGUUGAAAAGGGAACUGUUGAUGGUAUUGCCAACCAUGGAAGAGAACUUCGAACUGAUUGGGAGAUUGUAGCAGCUUCAGAAAAGCUGGCGGAAUGCCAAGAAACUAUCUUAAACUUGGGGAAGCAGUUAAAGGCAUUGGCUUCACCCAUGGAGGCUGCCCUUUUUGAUAAGGUCGUCUCUAGCCCUUCUAAUCCUGUUGUUGCGACCAUGACAACUCCUAAGAAGAAUACUCGCCAGCGGUCAUCUCUCCUAGAUAAAAUGCUAGCUGAAGACAAAUAUGAGACCGAGGAUCUCAAGUCUCCUAAAACCAAGGAAAUUAUUCUAGAGGGUAAUAGCUAUUCUGUCUUUGGCCCGAAUUGGACAAUAGAACCUCCAGAGAAAGUGGCAAGUUCAAAUGGUGUUAAUUAUUCAAAUAAUGAAGCUGAGAUUGGUUCUUUGGCUAUUGUUCCCAGUAAGAAAAGGGGAAGUGGAGGAUUGCUAAAGAAGCUGUUAAGGAGAGGGAGAAACGGCAGUUGCAAGAAAAUAGUUUCAUAAGCUGGACUAAUGCUGAAACUGAAGGGGCGGAAUCCAGUAACAGUGAAAAUUGGUUUAAUUUUUUUGGCUAGAAUACUACAGUGUGAUUUUUGCCUUGCAUAUCUGUGUGUGAGAGAGAUGGUGGGUGUAUCUUUGUUACUUCUGUUGUAUAUAAAUUCAAAAGAAUACAUUUCAAUUGAAUUAGAAUUA